GCCCGCGGCCGGAGCUGUCCGCGGAGUCUAGUGCUGAAGUGGCAGCAGACGAGGCCGGUGCCCCGGGCGAGGGGCCCCCUAUCCGCACCCCCGGCGGCCGGGUCGGCGAAGACUAUGGCGUUCAUGGUGAAGACCAUGGUGGGGGGCCAGUUGAAGAAUCUCACCGGCAGCCUGGGGGGCGGCGAGGACAAAGGGGACGGGGACAAGUCCCCCGCUGAAGCCCAGGGCAUGAGCCGGGAGGAGUAUGAGGAGUAUCAGAAGCAGUUGGUGGAAGAGAAGAUGGAGCGAGACGCGCAGUUCACACAGAGAAAGGCAGAGCGCGCUACGCUGCGGAGCCACUUCCGGGACAAGUACCGGCUGCCCAAGAAUGAGACUGACGUGGGCCAGAUCCAGCUGGCAGGUGGUGAUGUGGAGCUGCCCCGGGAGCUGGCCAAGAUGAUCAAGGAGGACACCGAGGAAGAGGAGGAGAAGGCGUCGGUGCUCGGGCAGCUGGCCAGCCUCCCUGGCCUGGACCUUGGCUCCCUUAAGGACAAGGCCCAGGCCACAGUGGGGGACCUCAAGCAAACAGCUGAGAAGUGCCACAUCAUGUGACUCUCCCCUGGGGGUGUCCCUUGGGGUGGCCAGGAGGCUGGGUCCCUGAGGGUUCGGAGCGCGUCCACUCGCAGGGGCCCUGGCUCCAUCUCAC